CCCCCCUUGCCACGUUGCGUUCACUAGAUAUAAUACCCCGCACGCAUCAUUUGGCUCCUCCCGCUGCUCCUUGCUUCCCUUCGGCGCUGUACCUGCAAAGUCAUAACCGCAGACUAAUCAAGUGCUUCUUGGUGCCUCGGGUCACCUUGCUAAUGGCGCGGACUCUCGUACCCAUCCCUAAAAAUAGACACGCUUUAAAUUUAGACGAGGAAAAAACAGGUGAAUGGCUUGUCUCCUUCCCCACUUUUCCUGCAAUAAUAUCUCCUGUUUUCUCUCUUCUGAUCUCAACUAUGGUACAGAGGGAGGAAAGGCUGAGAGGGAACGCUUAGGAGGAAAAAGGCAGAUGUGUAGAAGUGCAGGUUAAUGAUGGUAUAUUGUAUGUUGCCUCCUGUGAUAGUAAGGUAUGUGUUUGUGAUGUCCUUUAGCCCCGCCCCCUUCCUCCCAUCCAAGCACCUCGGGGUAAUGAGAGCGUGGAGAAUCUAAUAUUAGGUUUCUGUUUGGUUUUCCUGGUGUGAAGCGCAUCGGGGAGUCCGUAGAAGAGCUGCAUUAGUGUGUCGCGUGUGGGUCAGCCCGGUAUUCUGCGUGUGCUGUUGUCCCUUCACUGUCCUUCACCUCUCUUUAAUCUCCUUGCCUUAUUCCUGCCUGUCCUUAGCCUUCCCGCCUCUUAUAUUAGUUUUACCCUCCUUGUUCUUAUCUCUCCUCCUCUUCCUUAUACCAACCUCACCCUCCUUGUCAUUAGCUCUUCUCUCCUUAUACAAGUUUCACCCUUCCCUUCGUUCUCUCUCCUGCCUCUUUUUCAUUCCAGCCUCACCAUCCCUCUCCUUAUCUUUCCUGUCUUUCCCUGCUUGUGUACCUGUAAACUCUGUCUGUGAUCAUUGAAUUUAUCUAUCUUUAUCCCUGACUCUCUCUAUCUGGUUCUUAUUCUCCUUUCCUCUCUUUCUCUAUCCCUUCUUGUCCCUUGUCUGUCCCUUGCCCUCUCUACUUUUGUCCCUCUCUCCGUCUCCAUCAUAGCCUCUCUCGUUCCUCUGUCCUUGCCUCUGUUCUCCCUGUCUCUGCCUCACUUUCCCUAUUAUUCUCUCUCUCUCUCUCUCUCUCUCUCUCUCUCUCUCUCUCUCUCUCUCUCUCUCGACUCAUUUUUCAUGGACAGUGUUGUUCCCGAAGCUUCGAACGCUUCACUUCAGGGGUCAUUGAAAGUGUCUGAAGCAUUUAGUGAAUCUGAGGCUUCAUCACUGAAAUUUUGAACCUGUGGUUCCCCGCUCCUGCCAUGACACUCAUUUGGUGCACAUUGGGAGCAGCGCGGGGCCCGGCGGGUAGCGGCAGGAUGGAGGCGGAGCGGUUCCUGCUCAAGUGGAACAACCACCAGACCAACCUGGUGACGGUGUUCGACCAGCUGUACGAGCAGGAGGCCUUCACGGACGUCACCCUCGCCUGUGAUGGGCGUACCUUCGCUGCCCACAAGGUGAUCCUGUCAGCGUGCAGCCCUUACUUCCAGGCGCUGUUCCUGGGCAACCCUUGCAAGCACCCCAUCAUCUUCAUGCGGGACGUGCGUGCCGGCGACAUGGAGGCGCUGCUCAGCUUCAUGUACCGCGGCGAGAUCAACGUGCAUCAGCAUGACCUGUCCUCGUUCCUGCGCACCGCUGAGAGUCUGCAGAUCAAGGGCCUGUCGGACUCCUCCGAGAGGCACAAGGAGACCUCCAAGAUCCUGGAGGCCAUGGAGAGAAAGUUUUGUUCCUCCGGCAUGCAGCAGGCGCAGCACCAGCAGCAGCCCCAGCCCGCGCUCAACGCCUGCACCCCCGCGGUGGGCGCCGCUCUUGGGGGCGCGCUGGUGCCCACCGUCGGGGCCGGCGACUCCCCGCCGCCAGCCGCUAAGAAAUUCAAGUCCCUGGAGGACCUGCCUCGCAUCCUGCCCAAGAUGAAGCCGCUAGCCACGCCCCCCGGCUUGGUGACGCCCGUGCCUGGUCUGCUUACGCCCAUCACCCUCGCCGCCACCGUCAUGAAGAACGCUGCGCAUGCCGCCCACGCCGCCCAAAACGCUCGCGUCAGUCCGCCCACGCCCGAGACCACCAACUCCUCACCCACCACCGACGCCUCCACGCCCCCGAAGGACCGCAAGAAGGAAGGAUACAUAAGCGGGGACUCGCCUCACCCCGUAUACCUGGUGUCGAGCGUCGGGGGAGUCGCUGCAGCCACUUCAGGGAACUCCACGCCGUCCCACGAGGUGAAGGUGGAGGAAGAGGACCCGCUUGACGAAACCAACUCCUUUUCAGACGAUCCCACCUCUGGACUCGGGGACAAUGAUGACAGCUCCAUGGACUCAGCCACAGCGAGGGGCUUCCCGUGCCCCGUGCCGGAGGGUGUCACUGUCAAGGUGGAGCCAGGUGAAGUGCCGGAUGGUGCCACUGUCAAGGUGGAGCCAGAUGAAGUAUCGUCCGGUUGUGCCUCUCCGCUGGCAGCCACCCAGAAUGAAGUUGCAUACUCUGCGAACAUGGAUGAGGACUCUUCCCUCUUCCUCUCCAGCGGACUCCAGCAGGCCCAGUACUGCGCCAUUCAGCCCGUGCUAUUGGCCCUGCCCCGCGGCAGGCAGAAUGAGGCCGCCGAACACUCCGAGCAAGACAAAGUCACCCCCAGCCCCGUUGAGGAGGCGGCGGCUGCGUCAUGUUCUGGAGACCACACGUAUCCGGUCACCGCCCAGCCACGCCCUGCCACCGCCUCCGCCUCAGCCGCCCAUUACCGCUGCAGCACCUGUAGCCGCGUUUUUCCUCGGGGUCGGCGGCACCGCUACCUGUCCCACGUGCGAACUCAUACAGGAGAACGGCCCUAUCAAUGCCCCUCCUGCGGCCGCGCCUUUGGGAGGCGGGACCACCUACAGGUGCACUUAAGGCUACACACAGGUGAGCGACCCUUUCAGUGUUCCACCUGCGGCGCCGCCUUCACCCAUAAGGUGUCACUCAGGAACCACAAGUGUCCGCUCCCUCAGGAAAGUAGCGGGCCUGAACAAGGCCUCGACUCCAGCCCUGUCUCUGUCACCCCAUCCAGCCUUCCCUCUGUCACCCCAUCCGUGCCUGCCUCUGUCACCCCAUCCGUGCCUGCCUCUGUCACCCCAUCCAUCCCUUUCUCUGUCACCCCAUCCAUCCCUGUCUCUGUUACGUCAUCCAUUCCUGCCGUCACCCCAUCAAGCCUUGCCUCUGUCACCCCAUCCAUCCCUGUCUCUGUUACCCCAUCCAUCCCUGCCUCUGUCACCCCAUCCAGCCCUGUCGUUACCCCAUCAAGCCUUGCCUCUGUCAUCCCAUCCAUCCCUGCCGUCACCCCAUCCAGCCUUGCCUCUGUCAUCUCAUUCAUCCCUGCCUCUGUCAACCUAACCAGAUCUGCAGUCAUCCCAUCCAGCCCUACCUCUAUCACCCCUCCUUUUGCCGUCGCCUCUCCUGUCGCCACACCUCCUGUCUCGGCCCUUUCCCCUUCUUCUCCCCGUACCACUGCACCACAGACAGACCCCUCCACUUCCCAGCCUCCCUCCGUUGAUCCCCUACCGCGCACAAGCCCACAUUCAUCGUCUGUCACGCCACAGCUGGAGGAAGUGUCUGAAGCUGCCGCCACUCAGUCCCCAACGGCACCUCCACCGGACUCACCCCAUUCUAGCGACAGUGGCGAUUCAGGGAAGGGUGAGCACAUUUCCAUUUUUUCCCCUCUCUCUGCCAACCAGGAAGUUUCCUCGCCGAGUUCCCCUGAAGCCGUCCAUCCAGACCCUUCAUAUCCCCUGGACGUUCCUGGAAAGAGUCUGGCAGAGGGAGCGUCGUGCGGAGUGACGACGGAGAGCGUGGCUUGGCGGGGGGCGCCUCUCCCCUCCUGGUGGGAGAAAUCUGGGUCCCUGCCGCUGAGACUCAGACCCAACAAAUUUCCCCGAGUCUGAGAGAGAAAGAGAGAGAGAGAGAGAGAGAGAGAGAGAGAGAGAGAGAGAGAGAGAGAGAGAGAGAGAUUAAUAAAAGACAGAAUAACUAAUAUUUCUUUUUCGCCAACUGGAUGUAAUAUGAAUAAUAAUAGUACUAACAAAGAU